CCGACGUCACAAGGUUGUGUUUGAUAACAUUGAGUAUCCAAAACAGAAACAGCAGGACGAGACGAGGGCGCGGCGGUCUUCAGGCAGUUAUUUACGAAGGCUUGUUAUAUAACUAGCAGAGAACUGAAGCGUGCUAAGGAUACUAAAACAUCAAAGCAACUCCCUCUGCAUCCAGUGCUUCUCCCGUGUUUGUGAUAUCAAGGUGAUGUCAGCAGCCUGUCUCUGGCGCCUGGCAAGGUGCAGUGGUCCCCUUGUGGGACGUAGCGUUCUUUUAAAGAUGGCCCUGGUCCCACUCCAACAGGUCAGCCACCCACAGUUCACAAUCUCCCAGAGACAACUUUACAGCCCUUCAGGAAAACUGCACAGCAACACACGCUUUGAUGCAGACAGCAGUGGACGACCCACUACUUGGGAUUCAUUUGGCAUUUGGGACGAUCGUAUUGAUGAGCCCAUUCAGCUGCCUUCCAGUAUUCGCUACGGCAAGCCCAUUCCCAAAGUCAGCUUAUCCAGGGUAGGCUGUUCCUCGCUCAUCGGUCAACGUAAGGACAAUGAAGACCGCUUCCAGGUCUCCCAAAUGACCGACAGCAUCCUUUAUUUUGCUGUGUUUGAUGGGCACGGCGGGCCUGAAGCAGCUGACUUUUGUGAAAAAUACAUGGAGAAAUUCAUCAAGGACCUUGUGGCGAAGGAGUCCAAUCUGGAAGUAGUUUUAACGAAGGCCUUCCUUGAAAUAGACAAAGCUCUUGCAAGGGACUUGCACUUCUUUCCGAAAGUACCCGGGAUGAAUCCAGGAACCACCUCCACCGUGGCACUGCUGAGGGACGGCAUCGAGCUGGUGGUGGCCAGCGUGGGUGAUAGCCGCGCCAUGCUGUGCCGCAAGGGCAAGGCCCUAAAACUCACUGAUGACCACACCCCCGAGAGGAAGGACGAGAAAGAGAGGGUAAAGAGAAGUGGGGGUUUUAUCACCUGGAAUAGUCUGGGGCAGCCAAACGUCAAUGGCAGGUUGGCAAUGACGCGCAGCAUUGGAGACUUUGACCUGAAGAGCACGGGGGUCAUUGCUGAGCCUGAAACCAAGAGAGUGUCGUUGCACCAUGCCCACGACUCGUUCCUGGCGCUGACCACCGACGGCAUUAACUUCAUCAUGAACAGUCAGGAGAUCUGCAAUGUCAUCAACCAGUGCCACGACCCCAAGGAGGCCGCUCAGAGAAUAUCUGACCAGUCUCUUCAGUACGGCGCAGAGGACAACAGCACAAUUAUCGUGGUGCCCUUUGGUGCUUGGGGGAAGCACAAGAACUCGGAAACAAGUUUCUCCUUCAGCAGAAGUGUCGUGUCCAGCGGCCGCUGGGCGUAGUCAUCAGGACGGUGGACGUAAAGGUCGUGGUCUGUGACCUAAUUACUUGAUUUGUGCAAUACAAUCAAAACCGUGCCCUUGUGGAAGCAUUAAAGAGGGUGGUUUGCCCAAACAAUAAUACCUAAGUGUUACAACAUGUUGUUAUUAUUAUGAUAUGUAUUAGUGGAUUCAUGAUGUGCACUAAAUUACAAAAUAUCCUCUUUUAUAAAUGAUUUUAUCAACUAGCAAGCCAAUGACCUUAUCGGUGCUGAGAGGUGUUUGAAUGGAAGACCGGUAGGGCUGUUCCAAAUAGUUAGAAGCUUUUAAAGCUGCCUUCAUAAUAUUGAAAUCCAAAUUCUAAAACAUCAAUCACAUGCGGCACAGGUUUUUGUUUGUUUUUAAUAUAAGGCAUCACAGGUAGAGGUGGGCCAGUGACAAAGUAGUUUUCUGAUUUAAAUGAAUACAGAAACAUUGUGUGCUGUAGUCUACAUUCAACCGUCUCUUCUAUGGUGCGCUCUCUCUACCGCACGCACACAAUCUCACACACAGACACAGACACACACACACAGACACAAUGCGAGGCUGUGGCACCCAGUCCAUUGUCAUGUAUUUAUGGUGAAGAAACUGACAAGUUACAUUCAGACGAAAAAGUAAUAAAUGUAAAGACUAACUCGAGGAUUUUAGUCAAAAAAAGAGCGAAAAUGUUUGAACAUUUGAAGCUUCAUACAAAAGCUUCAUACAAAAAAAAAAUUUGUUACAGUCCUACAGACAGAAGUUCAUGAUGACAUUAAAGCCGUCACUACCACGCUAGACUUUUGCAAAUAUUUUUAAGACUAGUGUUCCCGUCCCAUUCAGAUCAUUUUAUUUCUAUUUAGCUGUAUUGCCCUUUUCACUUUUUUACUUUUUAUGGUUAAUUAACUUUGAUAAGUUGCCAUUUCAAAAAUAGUGCAUCUAGAUUUUACUGUCGUUUGAAGCCUUCAAUCUUACGGGUGACACACAGACGAGUGGGGAAAAUACAAUAAUUAAACCGCGUUUGUCAAUUGAUUGGAAUUAAUAUAACCCUUGUAUGAGUAAGCAACAUCUACUUAAAGGAAUGUAUGUAGCAUUUAAGGGGAUCUAUUGGCAGAACUGGAUGAUGAUAUAAAUAAACGUGUUUUCCUUGCACAUCGUGUAUAACCCCCUGAAACUAAGCGAUGUUGUUAAACCAAAUCAAACGCUGGCUCCUCCUCGUUCACCGUAGUCCGACACGCUUGGCAAACCGGAGAAGUUUCAGUUGACCGCUAGAAGUCGCCAAAUCCUACGCACUGCACCUUUUUUAAAGGUACAUAGAAACGUCACGAAUUCUGAAGGAAAAAAAAGUCAGGUCACGGUUUCUAUUCAGUUUCCUUAUCCGUCAUUUGGGUCAAAGCACCGAAGUAUUCUCUUCUAAACACAUCUACACUUCUAAAGACUUCCGCAUAAACAAUGCACUUAUUGUUUUCUAGGUACUUCCACUUAUUUAAGCACCAAAAGCGAUAUUAAUGUCUAAUUGCACAGUCUUGAAGGUUUAGGAGAAAUCAACCCUGAAUGUUCUGUGAUUUAGUGAAUUAGCUUUUGUGUGGCUGCUACAAUAUAUUCAUGUUUCUUGCUGUACGAGCUCGUAUCAGUGCUGAUUUGAAACGGGUCAUGUAGGUGCACUAAGAAGUGUUCAGAGUAAAGAAAUGUACAGUGUAUGUUUUGUAAAUAAAUCUAUUUAUGUAUCUGUAAAACUGAUAGUUCUCGUUGCCUAACAACUCCCCUUCAGAAAGUCACGAACACAGGAAUUUACUUUACAGGCGUUUAUUUUGUGUAAAGCUACGUCGUGUUGAUUGUAAUUUACACCAUUAAUGUCCGACUCAGAAAGAUCAAAGCACACUUAAUGCAACGCUUAAAGAAUUGUUCAGCUCAGAGCCAUGUUUGAUGAUGUGGAAGUUUGCUUCAUUGCCCUCCAUGACUAAGAAAUAUCAGUCAAACCCUGCACUGUAGAAGUGGAACUGCGCGGUGUAAGUAGUCUUGGUGGCAUAUGUGUGUGUGUGUGUGUGUGUGUGUGUGUGUGUACAGUGGCAGACUUAAACCGUUAGAUCGUCUCUACUGCUUUUGUUCACUGUCGAUCUUUUGUUUUGUGGUUGUUAAAGCUAGAGAAAUGCAACACUUCAUAUUCAUCAUUAUUGUUCAAUCUGUGAGAUUUGCAAAUGUUGUGUGGCUAUCAGUUCUAUCCUCGGACAACAUUUAUAGAUGUUUUGUAAAUACGGUUAGUUUUUUCGCACAUUCACAUAUUGAAUGAAACCUUGAAAUAUAUGUACGUAUAAUUAACACAUUCUCAAUACAAACCUCCUUAUCUUUAAAGUUAUCUAUCACAGUGUUCUCAGUUUUUAUUUACUGUAUUUUGUUUCACUGCCUUUUUAAAUACAGUCAUUGUAACUGGACCUGCAUGGGAGCUAAAUGUGACCCAACAACACUCGGUUAGUACUGUAUUUCUGGUCUGAAUGGCUUUUGUCCCUUCAAUAAAAUACGUAAUUUCAAGAAUUAUCAACACAA